AUGCUUUCAAGAAUGAUGUUAUUUGCUACUUCUUUAUUAACUUUAGUGUUUUCACAAAUCGUACUUGGUGAUAAUAAAUCAUAUACUUUACCAAAAUUUGAAUCAUCAACUCAAUAUUUCGAACAAAGUGAUUCAAGUAUAUCACCAUCAAAUGUUAACUAUACUAAUAAUUUUGGAUUAAAAGAUCAAUAUUCAUGGAACGAUGUAUUAGAUCAAUUGGAUGAAUAUCAUAAAUUAUUUUUCAUCAUAAGACAUGCAUUUGGAGUUCAUCAAUGUAAUACCCCAUCUACUGAUUGGACUUGUUAUUGGCAAACAUUAGAUGGGUAUAAUGGUCAAGUUUGGGCUGAUGCAGUUUUAACACAGCAAGGUAUUGAUCAAAGUAAAAAAUUAUCACAACAAAUUAAAAACACCAAAAAUUUCCCAUAUCCAAAUCAUUAUUAUUCAAGUCCACUUAGAAGAACUUUAGAAACUUGGGAUUAUGUUUGGAAAGAUUUAACUUCAAAAGGUCCAACUAUCAAAGAAUUUGCUAGAGAAACUUAUGGUAUUCAAACUGAAAGUAAACGUCAUGAUAAAAACUAUAUUUCUUUGAAUUGGCCUCAUGCUACAUUUGAAAAGGGGUUCACUUCAAAUGAUGAAUUAUGGUCUAGUACAAAAAGAGAAACUGGUCAACAUCGUAAAUAUAGAGCUGCUUCUUUAUUAAAUGAUAUUUUUGAUGCUAGUAAAGAUGAUAAAGUUGUUUCAAUUGUUUCACAUUCUGGAUUGAUUGGAUCGAUUUUAGAUGUUGUUGGUCAUAGAGAUUAUCCAGUUGAUAAUGCUGUAUUGAUACCAGUUAUAAUUCAAAGGAAAAAACAUAAAACCAAAACAUAUGAUUUAGAUGAUCCUGAUAAAACUUUUGCUGAUAUUUGUCCAGAUAAACCUUCAACCAUUACUGAAGGGCCAGAAUUAACUUGUAGUGCUGGUCCAUUUGAUGAGAAAGAUCCAUCAGGUAAUUAA